GUCAAUGGGCGAUGUCCGCGAGAGGCUGUCACUCUGGUGGCCGUGGCGGUGGCAUAGACCCGGCUAGGACGUGGCCGAGGGGACGCGUCCUGCUGUUCCUGCGUUCCGGGAGGCGGCGGAGUCACUAGUGCUUCCUCGCUGCGGUCGAGGGGGGUGGGGGGCUCGGAGCGGCGGGAAAGGCCGGCGGCGGCGGCUGCGUCUCCAUGCCCGCGUGCUGGGCCGGCCGCUGAUGGAGCGCGCCGCCCGCCCGGGGCCGCUGGCGCGGGCGCUGCUCCUGGUGCAGCUGCUGCUGGGGCUCGUGGCGGGGAGCCUCGCCGCGGGGCGCGCCCGCAACCUCCCCGCGCCCACCACCGAGGCGGCGUUUGGCCUGGGGGCUGCGGCUGCCCCCACCUCAGCGGCGCAAGUGCCGGUCCCGGGGACCGUGGCCACGGCCGAAGUGACGGUGGAGGACGCCGAGGUGCUGCCAGCCGCCGCGGGCGAGCCAGAGACGCGGGGGUCGGAGCCCGACGACGACGACGCGGAGCUGCGGCCGCGCGGCAGAUCACUAGUAAUUAUCAGCACUUUAGAUGGACGCAUCUCUGCCUUGGAUGCUGAGGAUCAUGGUAAAAAGCAGUGGGAUUUAGACGUGGGAUCUGGUUCCUUGGUUUCAUCUAGCCUUAGCAAGCCAGAGGUAUUUGGCAAUAAGAUGAUAAUCCCUUCCCUGGAUGGAGACCUCUUUCAGUGGGACCGAGACCGGGAGAGCAUGGAAACGGUUCCUUUCACUGUUGAAUCCCUUCUUGAAUCUUCUUAUAAAUUUGGAGAUGAUGUUGUGUUGGUUGGAGGAAAAUCUCUCACUACGUAUGGACUCAGUGCAUAUAGUGGGAAGGUGAGAUAUAUCUGCUCGGCUUUGGGGUGUCGCCGAUGGGACAGUGAUGAAAUGGAAGAAGAAGAGGACAUUCUGCUGCUGCAACGCACCCAGAAAACUGUGAGAGCUGUCGGACCUCGUAGCGGCAAUGAGAAGUGGAAUUUCAGUGUUGGCCACUUUGAACUUCGGUAUAUUCCAGACAUGGAAACUAGAGCCGGCUUUAUUGAAAGCACCUUUAAACCCAGUGGGAACAAAGAAGAGACUAAAAUGAUUUCAGAUGUGGAAGAGCAGGAGGCCGCCAUGCUGGACACGGUGAUCAUAAAGGUCUCGGUUGCUGAUUGGAAGGUUAUGGCGUUUAGUAAGAAGGGAGGACAUCUGGAAUGGGAGUAUCAGUUUUGUACUCCAAUUGCAUCUGCCUGGUUGGUUAGGGAUGGCAAAGUUAUUCCCAUCAGUCUUUUUGAUGAUACAAGUUAUGCAUCUAAUGAAGAAGUUUUGGAAGAUGAAGAAGACAUUGUAGAAGCUGCUCGAGGAGCCACAGAGAACAGUGUGUACUUGGGAAUGUAUAGAGGCCAGCUGUAUCUGCAGUCAUCAGUCAGAAUUUCAGAAAAGUUUCCUACAAGUCCCAAAGCCUUGGAGUCCAUCAAUAAUGAAAACGCAAUUAUUCCUUUGCCAACAAUCAAGUGGAAGCCCUUAAUUCAUUCUCCAUCCAGAACUCCUGUCUUGGUAGGGUCUGAUGAAUUUGACAAAUGUCUUAGCAAUGAUAAGUUUUCUCACGAAGAAUACAGUAAUGGGGCACUUUCAAUCUUACAGUAUCCAUAUGAUAAUGGUUAUUAUCUACCAUACUACAAGAGAGAAAGAAACAAACGGAGCACGCAAAUCACAGUUAGAUUCUUCGACAACCCAAAUUACAACAAGAACAUUCGCAAAAAGGAUCCUGUUCUUCUCUUACACUGGUGGAAGGAAAUCGUUGGAACUAUUCUGUUUUGUAUCAUAGCCACAACUUUUAUUGUCCGCAGACUUUUCCACCCUCAGCCUCACAGACAACGAAAGGAAUCUGAAACUCAGUGUCAAACUGAAAAUAAAUAUGAUUCUGUAAGUGGUGAAGGCAGCGACAGUAGCUGGAAUGAUCUGAAAAACUCGGGAUAUGUUUCACGAUACCUAACAGAUUUUGAACCAAUCCAGUGCAUGGGUCGUGGUGGCUUUGGAGUUGUCUUUGAAGCUAAAAACAAAGUAGAUGAUUGCAAUUAUGCUAUCAAGAGGAUCCGUCUCCCCAAUAGAGAACUGGCUCGGGAGAAAGUAAUGCGAGAAGUUAAAGCCUUAGCCAAGCUGGAACACCCAGGAAUUGUGAGAUAUUUUAAUGCCUGGCUGGAAACACCACCAGAGAAGUGGCAAGAAAAGAUGGAUGAAAUCUGGCUGAAAGAUGAAAGCACAGACUGGCCACUCAGCUCUCCUAGCCCAAUGGAGGCACCAUCCGUUAAGAUUCGCAGAAUGGAUCCCUUCUCUACAAGAGAACACAUCGAAAUCAUAGCUCCUUCACCUCAGAGAAGCAAGUCUUUUUCAGUGGGGAUUUCCUGUGACCAGACAAGUUCAUCCGAGAGCCAGUUCUCUCCCCUGGAGCUCUCAGGAACGGACCACGGAGAUGGCAGUGGGUCAGGGGAUGCAGCACACAACCUCCAGGACAGCUGCCUGACUGACUGUGAUGUGGAAGAUGGAACCAUGGAUGGCAAUGAUGAGGGGCACUCCUUUGAACUUUGCCCUUCGGAAGCCUCUCCUUAUGUAAGGUCAAGGGAGAGAACCUCCUCUUCCAUAGUGUUUGAAGAUUCUGGCUGUGACAAUGCAUCCAGUAAAGAAGAUCCCAACAUUAACCGGUUACACAUCGGCAACCAUUAUGCUAAUAAACUAACUGAUUUCAAGUAUUCCAGCAGCAAAUCUUCUGAAGCUACAUUGUCUCUUUCCCCUCCAAGACCAACUACUUUAAGUUUAGACCUCACUAAGAACACGACAGAUAAACUUCAGCCCAGCUCACCAAAGGUGUAUCUGUACAUUCAGAUGCAGCUGUGCAGAAAAGAAAACCUCAAAGACUGGAUGAACCAACGCUGCACCAUGGAGGAGAGAGAGAGGAGCAUGUGUCUGCACAUUUUCCUGCAGAUCGCAGAGGCUGUGGAGUUUCUGCACAGUAAGGGACUCAUGCACAGAGACCUCAAGCCUUCCAACAUAUUCUUCACAAUGGAUGAUGUCGUCAAGGUUGGAGACUUCGGAUUAGUUACGGCAAUGGACCAGGAUGAGGAAGAGCAGUCGGUCCUGACGCCAAUGCCAGCCUACGCCACACACACAGGACAAGUAGGGACCAAACUAUAUAUGAGUCCAGAGCAGAUUCAUGGAAACAACUACUCUCAUAAAGUGGACAUCUUUUCGUUAGGCCUGAUUCUGUUUGAAUUGCUGUACCCAUUCAGCACUCAGAUGGAGAGAGUCAGGACCUUAACUGAUGUAAGAAACCUUAAAUUUCCACCACUGUUUACUGAGAAAUAUCCUCAUGAGUAUUUGAUGGUUCAAGACAUGCUGUCCCCAACCCCCAUGGAACGGCCGGAAGCCACAGACAUCAUUGAAAACGCUGUGUUUGCAGACUUGGAGAUUCCAGGAAAAGCAGUGCUCAGACAACGCUCGCGCUCCAUGAGUUCAUCAGGGACAAAGCAUUCCAGGCAGCCCAGUGCCUCGCACAGUCCUUUGCCCGGCAAUUAGCUUUCCCUAGUGCGAGCAACCCAAGCAGGUGGCAGGACAGCCAUUUUGAGGAGGCUGACAUUCCAUUCCAAAUUGUCUCCCA